GUUUUAGCAAGACGGUGUUGUUUAGUCGAUAUGAUUGUGCACAUCGUGGGUUUUUUGUUAAGUUUUACGUACACAUUUUGAUCGUGUCAAAGAACAAUAUUUAAAAAAUCUGUUCUUGGUCCAGAAUCAAUUCCUCUCAGGCUAGGUUAGCCUGCUAGCUGAUACCAAAGAGAUGCAGAAGUUAGCAACACAUUGCGCAUGCGUCGAUAACCAUUUUGGACUACUGUUGCAAGAAAGCUUGCAAGGAAUUGAUUGGAAAAAGUUAGCAGGAUGGCGAGAUUCUUGCCGCUUGUGUUCUCUUGUCACUACAUAUUUUUCGUGAGGAUUGUUGGUUACUUUUAAGACAAACUCGUUUCAGUGAACUUUGAAGCUUUUGGGGCUAGCUUAGCAGCUGCCUGCUAGCUGCUCUAACAAAUAGACGCGGAGGUAAGCAGAGAUCAAGUGUUAGUGUAAAGUCUUGUGAUUGUGCGAAAAUGUGCGAAAGAACGACAUCGGAGUACGAGGGGGAACUUUCUCCAACAAAAGAGGAGAACGAGGGACAACGUCAACUACUGGACGCUGUUUUCAAGAAGCGUCAAAUUGUGUUACACAGAGCAGAUGUCAGCAUAGAAGAUCAUCGCCCUGAGCAGCAGCAGUGGAGCUCCAUCGUGGAGCAAGGGGAGCCACAGGCCCUGCAUCUUGAAGAGGAAAAGGAUGAGCCACAGCCCCCUAACAUGAAAGAGGAGGAGGAGGAGCCACAGCCCCCAGACAUUAAAAAGGAAGAGGACUCACAGCCCCUCCAUGUUAAAGAGGAAGAUGAGGCUCCACAGCCCCCUCAUGUUAAAGAGAAAGAGGAGGAUCACAGCAUCAGUCAGGAGGGAGAGCAUCUUGAAGGACAGGAGGAGUUCCCAGUGAUUGGUGUCUCUGUGAAGAGUGAAGAUGAUGAAGACAAAGGUGAAAGUGAGGAGAAGAGAGAGGUGGAGCUUCCAAGCAGCAGCUCAACUCAACACAUGACAACAGAAGCUGAUGGAGACCACUGUGGAGGAUCACAAGCAGACAACCUCUUAGCUCCACUAUCAGACAGUGACGACACAACGUCACACUCUCCUGACACUGAUGAUGAAGACUCUAAAGCUGAUAUGACAUGUCACACUGACAACACACACUUGAAAUGCUGUCGGUGUGGCAAAACAUUUGUUAAGAGGGGAAAUCUGAAAGUACACAUGAGAAGUCACACAGGAGAAAAACCUUUUUCCUGUUCUGUUUGUGGUAAAGGAUUUAAAGUAAACAAAGAAGUGAAAAUCCACAUGAUAAAACACACUGGAGAGAACCCAUUUACCUGUUCGAUCUGUGGUAAAGGUUUCUCUGUAAAGGCAAAUUUCAAAACACAUACAAGAAUACACACAGAAGAGAAACCUUUUGUCUGUUCAGUGUGUGGUAAAGGUUUUGUACAAAAUUACAAUUUGAAAAUGCACAUGAGAACACACACUGGAGAAAAACCAUAUUCCUGUUCAGAGUGUGGUAUAGGUUUUUCACGAAGCGAUAAUUUGAAAAUGCACAUGAGAACACACAGUAAAGAAAAACCAUAUUCCUGUUUAGAGUGUGGCGUAGGUUUUGCACGAAAAGGUACUUUGAAAAUGCACAUGAUGACACACAAUGAAGAAAAAACAUAUUCCUGUUCAGAGUGUGGUGUAGGUUUUGCACGAAAAGGUAUUUUGAAAAUGCACAUGAUGACACACACUGGAGAAAAGCCAUAUUCCUGUUCAGAGUGUGGUAUAUGUUUUGCACGGAAAGGUACUUUGAAAAUUCACAUGAGAACACACAUUGGAGAAAAAAUAUAUUCUUGUUCAGUGUGUGGUAUUUGUUUUGUCGGAAAGUAUGAAUUGAAGAAGCACAUGAGAACGCACACUGGAGAAAAACCAUAUUCCUGUCCAGUGUGUGGUGUAGGUUUUUCGCAAAAAUGUAAUUUGAAAAUGCACGUGAUGACACAUACUGGAGAAAAGCCAUAUUCCUGUUCAGUGUGUGGUAUAGGUUUUUCACGAAAAGGUAAUUUGAAAAUGCACAUAAGAAAACACACUGGAGAAAAGCCAUAUUCCUGCUCAGUGUGUGGUGUCGUUUUUUCAAGAAAAGGUCAUUUGAACAUGCACACAAGAACACACACUGGAGAAAAGCCAUAUUCCUGUUCAGUGUGUGGUGUAGGUUUUGCGCAAAAGGUUGAAUUGCAAAGACACAUGAGCAGACACACGGGAAAAAAACCAUAUUCCUGUUCAGUGUGUGGUAUGGGUUUUGUACAAAAAGAACAUUUGAAAAGACACAUGAGAACACACACUGGUGAGAAAGUGUUUAGUUGCUGUGUUUGUGGUGAAAGAUUCUCUUAUAAGUACCAGCUUAACAAUCACAAGUGUGCUGGUGAGAACUGCAGCAUUAAAUGAAGCCGCAGGACUUGAAAUAAACUGUCAAGACUUUGAUAACUUUGACUUUCUAUCAUCACAUAUAAAGUGUGACAUCAUAUUUGUGUGUGUAAUACAAUCUUGUUAAUAUAACAUUUUCUUACGGUGCAUUCAAAAAAAUGAACACCCAACAUGCAUUGUUAAAAACUCGCAUACUCUUGUGAAUAAAUCAGAAAU